UUUAAGGCGAAUUCAUACCUCAAAUUUUGUUCUAUGAUUUCAGUCAUCUUCAAUUGAACCAUUCCUUUUUCUCCUCCUUAAUUAUACUCAUAAAUCUAUUUUUUCUGAAAAAAUAUUCCCAUUUGUUUGAAAAGUUAGUUUAUUUAUGAUUUAUUUUCUUGCAUGCAUUUGACAAUAUUUCAAACCUGCAGCUGCAAUUGGAAAAUGAUAGAUAUUCAAGAAUUUCUCAUGCGUUUCUCACUAGUUUCUUUUGUUCUAUAUUUCAUUCGUAGGCUUAGGAAAACCCUUCACAUGUCUAUUGUUUCCCCACCAACCCCAUCUCCGUCUCCUUCUUCUCCUCCUUCUCCGUCUUCCCUCCACUGGCUCGGUCCAUGGAUUUUCCUAGAAAAAGAAAAACCCUUUUCAAAGCUCGAAAAAUCAAAAAAAACAAGAAAUGAUCAUCCCACAAAUGAUUAUAAGGAUGAUCAAAAUCCGGAUAUCGAUGAAGAUGCUAGGAGAUCUACAAAUUCAAGAAAGAGACCUGCAAAGCUUGUGGUACCAUCAUUUGUUCCUUGUUUGGAUUUUGGUGAGGUGGGAAAGAAAUUUGACAAGACAGAAUUUGAGACUGAAGGAAGAAAUUAUUCGGUUGCUAGUAGAAAAGGAAGGAGACAAGUCAUGGAAGAUAACCAAGGUGCCAUGCUUGAUAUCUUAGGUGAUCCUAAACAAGCAUUUUUUGUUGUGAUUGAUGGGCAUGGAGGGAAAGCUGCUGCAGAAUACGUAGCUGAGAAUCUAGGAAAAAACAUAGUAAAAGAAUUAGAAGGUGUUGAAAGGAAGGAAGGAAAGCACAUAGAAGUUGCCAUACGGGAAGGUUACUCGCGAACAGACCAACAAUUUCUUAAAUUGGGUGAAAAUGGUGGAGCUUGUGUAGCUAGUGCACUGUUGAAGGAUGAAGAACUUCAUGUAUCAAACGUGGGAGAUUGUAGAGUAGUUUUGAGUAGGAAUGGAGUAGCUGUUAGACUAACAAAUGAUCAUCGUCUCUCAAGGGAAGAUGAGCGUGCCCGAGUCGAAACUGCAGGUGGAUUUGUGUAUUGUCAUAAUGGAGUUUGGCGAGUGAAUGGAUCACUUGCAGUUUCAAGGGCAUUUGGAGAUAACUACUUAAAGGAAUGGAUCAUUUCUGAACCAGAUGUUGUCAAGCUUCCUUUAACUUCUGAUUGUGAAUUUCUCAUGAUGGCUUCUGAUGGCUUGUGGGAUAAGGUAAGUGACCAAGAAGCUGUAGAUGUGGUAUCAAAAGAGAAGAGUUCGAUAUUGGCUUGUAAGAAGCUUGUAGAUAUGUCAGCAAGAAGAGGCAACCUUGAUGACAUAACAGUCAUGGUCAUCAAUCUUCAAAGCUUCCUAGGCAGUAAUUAAGAGUUAACUUAAUUAGUCUAAGCAGCAUAGUUUAUGUGAAAUUCUAGGGAAACAGGAAGGGUUUCUCCAUCAUCCUUGUGUACGUAUAUAGAGUGUCCUCCUUUAUAUCACAUAUAAUAGAAGGAAACAAGGAUGAUGAGAAGAAAGUGGCCUAAGAUUAUUGCCACUAUAGCUAAGAAUUAGUUCUUUGUAUGUGUAACGAGUUAAGAAAGUGGCCUAAGAUCAUCCACAUUUUCUAUUUCAACUCAGAGGUUAAUUAAUAGGUCUAUUCCUUUUGAAUCUAUUGAUAGAAUAGACUAAACAAAUCAAUUAGUGGGUUUGUCUUAUUAGCUUCUGCGAGUAGCAAGUCAGAAGAAAAGCUUAAAUGUACUCCUUCAUAAAAGAAGUUUGGUUGUUUGACUCGGUCGAGAUAGACCUCGUUCAUUCUUUAA